CAAAAAACUCGUGUUCCUUAAAAAUAAAGAAGCCGGCAACUAACAAUGAUUGAUGUUAAUGUUAUUGUUUACUCACAAACACCUUCGUCAAGGAAUCAAAACCCACCUCUCUUUUGAAAUCUCCAAACUUCUGUUGUUCUUUUUCUUGUUUGUUUUGUCCUGGGAAAUAUCAGUCCUUCAUCAUUUCCCUUCUUUUUCUUGUUUCUGCAAUGGAGGGUGUCACUGUGGUGAAGCCAGAGGCCGAGGAGGUUACAGGGGAUGUGCAGAAAGACCGGGAAUUGGUUCUAGAAUCUUCUCACCCUGUUGUGGAGGACAGUGUUGAUAGAGUUAGCAGCACUGACAUGGAGGAACAACAGCUCCAGAACAACAACGUUGGUGAUGAUAACAAGUCAUUGCCAGCUUCUGGAUUUAAUGGUGUAAUUUCUAGCCCAAGCCAACUUACCAUCUUCUAUAAUGGAAGUGUCUGUGUGUAUGAUGGACUCCCUGCUGACAAGGUGCAUGAAAUAAUGCUUAUUGCUGCUGCUACUGCAAAGUCAGCUGAAAUGAAGAAGAUUAAUCCACAGUCUCCUUUUGUUUCAGCUGUUCCCACAAGGCCUUCUUCGCCACAUGCAACCUCCAAUAAUGUCGCUUCUCCUCAGUCAAUCUGCUUCCCUGCGGAGAAGAAUUCCAUCUGCAGGCUGCAAGAGUUCCCAAUAGCACGCAGGCAUUCACUGCAAAGGUUUCUUGAGAAGCGUCGAGACAGGUUGGGGAGCAAAGCCCCGUAUCCUACCUUGUCAACAACAAAAAUGGCUGACAACAUAGAGAACAACUUCAGUGCCGACAAUGCACCGGAUUUGGUUAAGCGAUCAGAAGAGGAGUUGCAGCCAACUGUAGCUGCCUCUUGAGCAUAACCAUAGCUGGUAUGACUAUAUAUGGUUACAUUAUUGUUAUUAUCUGUUGUUGUAGCAUGUGGAUCAAAAUGUUAAAUUGUUAAUUAAUGACUGUAGAAGCAACAAACUUGUGAGACUGAAUUGUUAAAUUGUGGGGUCUAUAUUUUACGUAUAUAUAUUUAAUUAAUGUAACUGCCUGAACCUGAAGGGAUAGAAAUAGUGUGACUUGGAUGUUGUGUUUGUCUGGUCACCUGAACCUUUUAACUGUUACUCUAUUUGAACAAUUGAUUAUCCGUGUAUUAAUAAUCUUCCUGCACUUGCUUUUAUAA